AGGUGAUCCAGCACAAGAUGGCUGAAAUGAAGUCGGACAUUGCAGUUGGCAGGGCUUUUGUGGAUCGCUGCAUUGAGCUGCACAAUGAGAAGAAACUUGAUGGAAGCACAGCAUCAGUGGCUAAGUAUUGGUAAUGGUUGAUUUUUUUAUACAAACAUAAGUUUGUUUCUCUGACCAUUGAUUAGGCUGCACAGACCACAGUGUCAUCUGUUGUUUUUUUUUCUUCCAACAAUUAAGACUGUAUAGGCUCAUUAAAACUGUUUCCAUAAAGAUUGAUUUUAACAGUAAUUUAGCUUAGCAUGGUUAACCAGUGUUAAUAAAGUAAUUAAUUUUUUACCUUAGAAGUUAUUAUGUUGUCUAGUGAUAAUAGUGUUGUAAAAUGAGCUGUCUAGAAUUUGAAAACCAACCGUCUACUAUGAUUUAACUGGUACCAUAUUUUGAAAAAAGAGCAACAUGGGGAGCAUAAGAAUUUUAGAAAGGCUUAGGUGGGGCAUGGCGCAAAAAAGGUUGGGAAACACUGAUUUAGACCUUUUUAAAUUAAAUUGUCUUAAAAUCAGUUUCAUAAGUACACAAAGCACUGUUGUAACAUUUAAUGAAUAUUAAUUAAAUACUUCAUGUGUAAUUGAUCCACAGGGUCUCUGAACUCCAGAAUAAAAUUGCUAACCAGUGUGUCCAACUUCAUGGAGGUUGGGGCUACAUGAUGGAGUACCCUAUUGCCAAGGCUUAUGUGGAUGCUAGGGUCCAACCCAUCUAUGGUGGCAGCAAUGAAAUUAUGAAAGAGCUCAUUUCUCGCCAGAUUUUUAAUUAAACAUGACCACUGUUGAAUAUAUUAAUGAAAAUGAUUCCCACAUCUAAUACUGUUGGUGAUUUUCAUGAUUAUUGUUUGCACCCUAUUAUAUUUUAGCAAUGUUAGAGAAAAGUCGGUGUUUCUAUAAAGAUUAAUAAUGUCAACAUGAUUAAUUUAUAUACACAAUUAUGAAAUUUUGUACAGUAAAGCUUUGUUAUGUGUCAUUCAUAAAGCUGGAAUGUAUUUUCAUAUGUGAAUGCUUUGAUUGUUUUAAAGUUUUUGAUUUAAACAAAGAAGCCUGUUGGUGAAAAAUGCAAUGGCUGUUUUCCAAAAUUAAGGACUUACUGUUUUUACACCCUCAUAAUCCUUUGUGAACUUUAUAAUACUUCAUCCCAUACUGCGUCUUUGAUACAUGUUAUAUCUGUUUUACACACCAGUUAUUUAUUUCUACUUCUUUUCUAUGAGAUGUUAAGCAGCUUACAUAAAGGCCUACAACUACUUAGUUUGACUUUGCUCUCUUAACCAAACAGUUGCAUCUAUUUUUGCUGUCAGAUUUUAAAAUAUUUUUCUGGAAAUUUCCUUAGUUUAGUUAUGUUUCAUGUUUUUACUUGCUUUUUAAAACAUAUUAAUAGUCCCAUGAUGAAUUUAAUUUGCUCUAUGAAGUGAUUUAUUUUUUACUACUUAUUUCAUAUUUUCAUUUGUCUAGCUCAGGCCAUCUCUACUCGAAUUGCUGCCAUAUACUAAAUCUACUGUUUCACUUAUGAUAUCUUAUACAUGAUUUGUUGAUAUAUGGAUUGUGAUAACUUAUAAAAAUUCUUUCUACAUGUUUUGGGAUACACAAUGAUUUAUAUAAUAAAUAUGUUUUUUUUAGUUAUGCC